AUGCCGGGCAUUAUGGCUAGUUUGGUUGCAAUAAAUGAGGCCGACCAAUUGAUGUCACUGUUGUAUUUAUUCGCUGAACGGCAUUUGGGCGGAGGCAGGCAUGACGCACGCCUAGCCGAGCCACAUCGCAGCCCACGCGCCUUCCGACGGAGCCCCGCCGGUCGGCCGCUUCCCGUGCACUCCCGAAAAUGCCUCUUUCCUACUAAUGACUUUGGAGUGCGAAUUCUUCCACCCCACCCUGGGAGCGUUUCCUCCCAACCAUCUAGUGCUGCGCUGCCGAUUCCCACGCGGUUUGGAAAUGUCACGUCCUCGUUGUGCUUCAACGAGGUCAUGUUAAUCGGCCUGCGAGCAGGAUGUUUGGUCUCCGACAUCGUGGGUGGCACCCAAACGCCUCAGCGGCUCGAUACUGGUGCUGCUUGUCUGGGCCAGCGAAUUCCACCUCAGGUCUUGGGAUCUCCUGAUGGAGGGAGACGGUCAAGCGAAGGCCCUAGCAGUCCCAUGUCCCAGAAGACCAAAGAAGCUGCUGCCCAUGCUAGCAAACAGCUAGAUGAAUUGAUGGCUUCGCUUCAGCAGCUCAAGUCGGUUGACCACUAUGUUCAAUUCGAUGUGCUUGGUAUUGGUUAUUCGGCUGUUGGUUUGUUGCAGUUCCAACAGCAGCCUUCCUCCGACAGAUCACUUUCCACUCGUCAGCGUCAUGUUCCAUCUCCAUCAUCCCAACGUGGUCCUCUCUAUCAAAAUGCUUCAGCAUUUGUGGAGCAGCCUGCUGUCGAGGUAAACAGCCCUCGUCAUCAGACUUCUACAGAUGUUUCCUCCUCCUCCGCCUUCCCGCACUCCCCCAAUGGAAGCGGAGCGCCGGCGCGACAGACCAACGGCAAUUCAAUUUUGUCGCAGUCAGAGUACCGUGGAUCUCUCUGUCAGAAAUGCUGUCAACCUGUUAUUGGCAAGGUGAUCACAGCUCUCGGUGGGGUCUGGCACCCGGAGCAUUUCACCUGCGCCUACUGCCAGAAGAAUGUGGUUCACGAAUUCUUCUACGAGCACGAGGGCGCCCCCUACUGCACCGAGUGCCACCUCUCCCUAUUCGCCCCAAAGUGCGCCUUCUGCGGUGAAGCAAUCGUUGAUCGCUGCCUCGAGACAAUGGGGUACUUCUGGCAUCCGGAGCACUUCUUCUGCCAAGGCUGUCACACGCCCUUCGUCGAAAACGCCACCGCUCACGAACACCACGGCAAGGUCUUUUGUCCAGACUGCUACUAUUCAAGAUGCAGCGAACGUUGUGGAGGUUGUGGAAGGCCCAUAAUUGAUACCUACAUAACCGCCUUGGAACAACCUUGGCACGAAGAGUGUUUCAAAUGCAAAGAUUGUGGGAUGAACCUAACUGGGCAGAAUUUCUGCACAGAGGGCGGUUCACUGUACUGCGAGAAGCACCACCGUCGCAACUCCGGCAUGAUAUGCACCGCCUGCCAGGAACCCAUCACCGGCAGUCGCUGCAUCAACGCCCUCGGGAAACGCUACCACCCCCAGCACUUCGUGUGCACAUAUUGUCUCCGCCAACUGAGCACGGGGACAUUUAAGGAGCGCUUGGGCAAGCCCUACUGUGACCCCUGCUUCCGGCAACUCUUCGGCUAG